GGAGGCGUUGGCCGUUAGUCUGGACAUUGCGAAGGCCUUCGAUCGGGUUUGGCACAAAGCGCUUCUUUCGAAGCUCCCUUCCUAUGGGCUUCCUGAGAAAUUGUGCAAUUGGAUCACCAGCUUCCUAACAGAUCGGAGCAUCAAGGUUGUUGUAGACGGGGCAUGCUCCGACUACAAGCCUAUUAACGCUGGUGUUCCACAAGGCUGUGUGCUAUUACCAACGCUGUUUCUUCUGCAUAUCAAUGAUAUGUUGCUAACUGGUAACAUUCAUUGCUAUGCGGAUGAUAGCACUGGUGGAUGCUUUAUACACCGGCCGUGCCAAUAUUUCUCGGGAAAACGUCGCUGAGUACCGGAACAAACUUGUGUCCUGAAGUCGAGUCUUUGCUGAACAAAGUCUCGGAUUGGGGGCGACUAAAUUUAGUCCAGUUUAAUCCUCAUAAGACACAAGUUCGCGCGUUUACCGUUAAAAAGAACCCCUUUGUCGUAUCUCCUCAGUUUCAUGGCACUCCCCUUCUCGCCUCAGCCAGUAUCGGAAUCCUCGGAGUCGACAUAUCGAGUGACGUGCAGUUUCGUGGUCACUUGGAAGAGAAGGCCAAAUUGGCCUCUAAAAAGCUUGGCGUGCUCAGCAGAGCGGGACAGUAUUGCAUGCCUGCACACCGCCUGCAACUUUACAAGGCGCAGGUUCGGCCUCACAUGGAAUACUGUUCCCAUCUCUGGACAGGGUCUCCCCAGUGCCAGCUCCUUCCACUUGACCGCAUCCAGCGCAGAGUGGCUCGAAUCGUCGACGACCGAGUCCUUUCCGAUCGGCUCGAUUCAUUGGCACUGCGAAGAGAUGUUGCAUCCCUUUGCAUUUUCUUUCGCAUCUACCACGGGGAGUGCUCUGAGGAAUUGUUCGGAUUAAUCCCAGCCGCCAAAUUUCACGAACGCAUAUCGUGGCAGAACUCCUGAUACCAUCCACACCAUCUGGAUGAUUGGCGGUCCACCACUGUGCGAUUUAGAAGAUGUUUUCUUCCUCGCACGACUUGUGGAAUCGAUUACCAUCAGCGAUUUUUCCGGACCGAUACGACUUAGGGACCUUCAAGAAAAGAGCCUACUCCUUUUUAAAAGGCCGGCAACGCAUCUGCAAUUCCCCUGGUGUUGCGGUUGUUCAUGGGCGGCGGUAGUCACUUACCAUCAGGUGAGCCGCAUGCUCGUUUGCCCCCUCCUAUAAAAAAAAUAAAGCCGACAUCUAUCGGCGACCUUAAGUUUUUUUUGGAUUAUCCCAUAGAUGCUUAUUACGAGUACAAUCUUUUGCAUGCUACAUAUUCCUGUUUAUGAAUGAAUCAUUGAUCUGUACUUCUAAUGAACUCAUAGGAGGUAUUCCGUUUACAAUUAUUUUAUAGACACAUCAUGUUUUUAUAUAUGCUACUCAGAUCCCCGACUACCGUAAUUCGGUGAUAGUGGCGCGCAAUCCAGGUUCAGCCAAAAAAGCAACAUCUUACGCAGAACGUUUACGUCUCGGUAUCGCUGUAAUACAUGGAGAACAGAAGGAAGCAGAGAGUGAUGAAGUGGAUGGUCGCUACUCUCCACCAUGCAAUCCAAGUGUCGACAGGUCUCGCACAAUGGAUGUUUCGGUGGGCGUGCCAGUGCAUCCGGCUAAGGAGAAGCCGCCUAUAAAUGUUGUUGGGGAUGUAGGAGGAAGAAUAGCAAUUAUGGUGGACGAUAUGAUCGAUGAUGUCCAAUCAUUUGUCGCAGCAGCAGAAGUUUUAAAGGAAUGUGGUGCAUACAAAAUAUAUGUACUGGCAACACAUGGGUUAUUAUCUUCAGAUGCGCCUCGGCUUAUCGAAGAUUCACCCAUCGAUGAAGUAGUUGUAACUAAUACUGUACCACACGAACUUCAGAAAAUGCAAUGCAAUAAAAUUAAAACAAUUGACAUUUCGGUAUUGUUAAGCGAAGCUAUAAGACGCAUUCACAACAAAGAAUCUAUGUCUUAUCUAUUCAAAAAUGUGACACUUGAAGACUAGGCCUAAAACUUUUCAUGUAUCAUAAUUUUUUUCAAAAAGUAAUUAAUUUAAAUUCUUUUAUGUACCUAGUUUUAUGUGGAGAAUGUAAUAUACAUACAAACGUUAUUUAAAUAAUAUUUUUAAAGUAUAAGUGCAGACAAUCGAUUCCUAAGUAAUACCAGUCUUCUGAAUAACUUCUUUAGAAAAUAAGAUCUCUUCGCAUGUUAGUUCUUAUUUGUCAACAUCAGUAAGUAUUAUACUUUACCAUAGUUAAUAAGAUUUGUCAAAUUUUCUUUUGUAAGAUAUAUACCAAUCUAUUAUAAAUGAGUAACAUUAAAAGCCAUAAAGCAACACAAGCCACCGUCGAAUCGGAGGGGAGUGUAAUUACGCUCUUUCAAAGUAUAAGUCCACGCGGUCCUCUGCGUACAAUAAAACUAGUUGUAGUCGCACUGCUCAAAUCUAGUUGCGCCGCCGAGUCUACGUCCCACAAAAAUGUCAAAUUCUUCCUUUUUUGCUACAAAAAUCUGCCACGUCAAAUUUACAAAAAGAUCUUUCAUAUAUUAAGUAAUUUUUGGUCACAGUAUUGCUGUUUACUUCUUUUUAAACUUAAAAUUACAAUGAAAGUGCGAUAAUAAGGUCGUGUUGUUUCGGAUUUGCUUACCAACACAGGCCGCUCGCCCUCAUACAAUAUGUAGAUCAGUCGAGCGACUGAUCAGAGUUGUCGCUGUCAACGAGCGAUACUGUUAUCGUGUAUCUGUGUGUGUGAAAUUGUUAGUUUAUUGUUUUAAUGAGGGCAUCCACAACUUUUUCUGCCACCAAGGCGGCGCCACUAGAAAGUGAGGUAUAAUAUUUGAGAGAUUUCAUAGUGGGGAAGUUAAUUUGUUCGGAAAAUGUAAAGCUUAUUGUUUCUUUGUGUACUAUUAGCUAUAUUUUAUAUUAAUAAGAUUAAAAAUAAAUAAACCAAACCACAGAUAUUCAUAAAAGUAGAAAAAUUAAAAAAAGUUAAAAAGUGUAUAUAAAAAUGAAAGAGCAAACCACUAACGCAUUGUUUUGUGUAUUAAUUUAAUACUCUAGUAACUGAUAAACUUUUAUUAAAAACCAACUUCUCUCAAUUAAAUUACACUGUAUAACAAAAAACUUUACCUCAGUGUCAACUAACGACAUCUGGUGAGCAGAAAAUUAUUAGCCCUCAUUGUUAUGUGGGUUUCGUAGUGACAGACGAUUGUUUUUGUGUGUUCAGAUUUCCCUCUGCAAAAGAUGACAGACAGUUCUAUAUCGGGGAAAAUCAUGGCUAUUCUCCUCCGGUCCGUCGGAGGCCCGUGUGGCUCUAUGUCUAAAAAGCAUUGCAGAUGAUAGAUGAGGUGCCUAUUAUUUUUAUAUUUAUAUAUACCUACAGUCAAAGCCUAUAGGAUAGGUAUACCAGCUAUUUAUAGAAAUAUGACGCUGUAGCAACUGGCCAAAAAUAAAUACCUGUUUUCUAUAAGAUAACUCUGUCCUUUAUCUGUUGGCCAUAUCUGGCAAGUAUUCCCUAUAUAUUUAAGAUUGUAUCUUUUAUAAGUUAUUACAGAUCAGUGAUUAAUUUCAUAAUAUAUUUUUUAAUAUCGUUGUGGGAAUCAAAGUGCUUAUUGUUAGUUAUCGAAUUUUUCCAAAGUUUUUACGAAUAAUGUGUGUGAACUAUAACCAUAAAAUGAAACGGUUAAUUGUAUUG